GGGAGUUGGCCGUAGCGCGCAGGCUUCCUGAGAAGGGAAGGUGGGUGGUAGCGCCCGGGAUGGAGGCGGCUGCUACGGUCACUUGAGCCGCUUCCCACCCCCGCCGUGAAUGGAGUCUCCCUCCCGCAGGUGCAGCGCUGCAGGGAGCCGGGCGGCCCGCUGAGACGCGCCCUCCCGGGAGCGGGGCCGCUGGUUCCUCGAGAGGGUUCUCCUUAUACAAUGGAGGAGGGAUGAAUGGCACAACCCAGAUGAUGGAUUUUCUGGAGGAACCUCUGCCUGGUGUGGGUACCUAUGAAGAUUUCAAUACUAUAGACUGGGUGAGAGAAAAGUCCAGAGACCGGGACAGGCACAGAGAGAUUGCUAGUAAAAGUAAAGAGUCAACAUGGGCUUUGAUUCACAGCGUGAGCGAUGCCUUCUCUGGUUGGCUGUUGAUGCUCCUCAUAGGACUGUUAGCAGGUUCUCUAGCUGGUCUGAUAGACAUCUCUGCCCACUGGAUGACAGAUUUGAAAGAAGGGCUGUGUCUGUCAGGCUUCUGGUUUAACCAUGAACACUGCUGCUGGAACUCCAAUGAGACAACUUUUGAGGAUAGGGAUAAGUGCCCAGAGUGGGAGAGCUGGUCACAGCUUAUAAUUGGCCAUGGAGAGGGGGCAUUUGCAUACAUUCUCAAUUACUUCAUGUAUGUUCUCUGGGCCCUGGUAUUCUCUCUCCUUGCAGUGUUGCUGGUCAGGGGAUUUGCACCUUAUGCUUGUGGCUCAGGAAUCCCAGAGAUCAAAACGAUCUUGAGUGGUUUCAUCAUUAGAGGCUAUUUGGGCAAGUGGACCCUGAUAAUCAAAACUGUUACCUUGGUGUUGGCGGUAUCGUCUGGCUUAAGUUUGGGGAAAGAGGGCCCUUUGGUGCAUGUAGCUUGCUGUUGUGGAAACAUCUUGUGUCACCUUUUCACCAAAUACAGGAAAAAUGAGGCCAAGCGCAGAGAGGUUUUGUCAGCUGCUGCAGCUGCUGGCGUGUCCGUAGCUUUUGGUGCACCAAUUGGAGGGGUAUUGUUUAGUCUGGAAGAGGUGAGUUAUUAUUUUCCCCUCAAGACUUUGUGGAGAUCUUUCUUUGCCGCCCUGGUAGCAGCGUUCACCCUGCGCUCCAUCAACCCUUUUGGAAACAGCCGUCUGGUUUUGUUUUAUGUGGAGUUUCACACACCUUGGCAUCUUCUGGAGCUUGUGCCAUUCAUCCUUUUGGGAAUCUUUGGUGGUCUUUGGGGAUCUUUCUUUAUUCGCAGCAACAUUGCCUGGUGCAGAAGACGUAAGACAACCAAACUUGGCAAGUAUCCUGUGCUGGAAGUGCUUGUUGUGACUGCCAUCACGGCUGUUCUGGCUUUCCCCAACGAGUAUACCCGUAUGAGCACCAGUGAGCUGAUUUCUGAGCUGUUCAAUGACUGUGGGCUCCUGGAUUUCUCCAAGCUCUGCGAGUACGUGAAUGACUUCAACAGCACCACAGGGGAUGAUCUGCCGGACCGAGCCGCUGGCCCAGGAGUCUACACAGCUAUGUGGCAGCUGGCUUUGGCCCUUAUCCUAAAAGUCUUCAUCACCAUAUUCACUUUUGGCAUGAAGGUCCCUUCGGGUCUCUUCAUUCCCAGCAUGGCGGUUGGUGCCAUAGUAGGCAGACUACUAGGUGUAGGAAUGGAGCAGCUGGCUUAUUAUCACCAUGACUGGACUAUCUUCAGUGGCUGGUGCAGUCAAGGGGCUGAUUGCAUCACUCCUGGCCUUUAUGCAAUGGUUGGUGCUGCAGCAUGUCUAGGUGGAGUAACCCGUAUGACUGUGUCGCUGGUGGUUAUUAUGUUUGAGCUUACUGGUGGACUGGAAUACAUUGUUCCUCUAAUGGCCGCAGCCAUGACUAGCAAGUGGGUGGCAGAUGCAAUUGGACGGGAGGGCAUCUAUGAUGCCCAUAUUCGUCUCAAUGGCUACCCCUUCCUAGAAGCCAAGGAGGAGUUCUCGCACAAGACUCUCGCCAUGGACGUAAUGAGGCCCCGCCGGAAUGACCCUGUUCUGACUGUCCUCACACAAGACAGCAUGACGGUAGAGGAUGUAGAGGCCAUAAUCAAUGAAACCACUUACAGCGGCUAUCCGGUGGUGGUGUCCCGGGAGUCCCAGAGGCUGGUCGGAUUUGUCCUCCGGCGAGAUGUCAUCAUUUCAAUUGAAAAUGCCCGGAAGAAGCAGGAUGGAAUUGUGAGCACUUCAAUUAUUUAUUUCACUGACCACUCUCCUCCACUGCCUCCGAGCUCCCCGUCCAUGCUCAAACUCAGGAGCAUCCUGGACCUCAGUCCAUUCACAGUGACAGACCAAACGCCCAUGGAGAUAGUUGUGGAUAUAUUCCGCAAGCUGGGACUGCGCCAGUGCCUCGUCACUCACAAUGGGAAACUACUUGGGAUCAUUACCAAAAAGGAUGUAUUAAAGCACAUUGCACAGAUGGCUAAUCAAGACCCAGAUUCCAUACUCUUCAAUUAAAAACAGACUAAUAAGUAUUGGGUGUUUAACACAAAAACGAAACUUUAUAAAAGACCGGGGAUUUUCUCUUCUAUUUUUAUUAAGAAACUGGAGCUAUCUUCAGAGUUUUCCUGUAUGGAGCUGAAGAUAAUCAUGUUUUUUCUACAAAAUAACCAAUUGCACUACGUAAUCUGUGGAAAUUAAUCUUCUCUUUAGAAGAAAAGACUUUAUUAUAAUGCUUUUGUGAAGUUGCAUUGGAAAGAUUCCAUGAAGGAGUAAAAGCAAAAUGCUACAGAAUUAAAUCUGUUCCCUUAUUUUAUUUGAACUUUGAUAACUAAUGUUGGGAGGGGAAGAAAAGACAAUCUAGUUUUAAGUCUUCAAAAGCCAUGGAGGAGAAGGAUGACUUUUGCACACAGCACUAAGAUGCCUGAGAAAGAGAUGAUCAUAACUAAGGGCCACAAUUCCCAGACAGCUGCUUGGUGAAAACACAAAUUUGAUCUUUUUUAGGUUUCUAAAAGCAAUCAGCAAAAUGUUAAGGGGGCUUUUUGAGUUCUGUAUUUGAACCCAAGGUAAAUCUACAUAUUCCUGCAUGCAGUGUCCAGCUAAAUGAGGACUUGUUUUGGAAGCUCUGCUUCUAAUCAGAGUGAAGCUUCAUUUUAGACUUCUCUGAAUGUAUUAAGUUACCCUCUGAUUUGCUCGUUAAAAGUACCCAAAGGGAGAGCAGAAGGGCUCACUGGUUAUAUUCUUGCAACUCUCCCCUAGUUGGCUAAGACCAUGGAUUUCUCCUCCUCUCUAAUAAGCAAUGAAAGGGUUAAGACAGAGUGGUGAGUUAUUGCCCAAGUUUUACUGCACUCCUUCCAAAUGAUCCCUGAUCAUGUUACAGAUAUUGCACAACUGACCUCUUUCUUAAUCAGCAGUGUCUUAUGUUGAAGGGUAUGUCUAUUUUAUUGGAGUUUCCCAGAUCCAUAAUGUUUACAUGUAUGCAUAUUCUGUUCCCUUUUUCCAUGCCCUUUACUGUGCCAAACUCAGGAUGGAAUCCUGUCUCUGGGAAUGAGUAACACUGCCACUUUAUGCACGUUCUCCAGCUGCUGUCUGUUUUAUUACCACCAACUAUGCAAUAAAAAACCCUUCCUGAUCACUCCAGCAGGAUAAUUUAUAACCUGGAUGGUCCUUUCCAAUUCUGUUUGUCCCAGAUUCUAGCAAAUUGAAUCGGUGUCAAUUAAUGAGAUCACUUGACCGUUUACUGAUGCUUUCCAAGUACAGAAAUACAACCAGAAACCAGCCUGUUCAUCUUAGCACCCACUCCAGAUCAAUUUAUAGACAUGGCUAAGGAUUAGCAAUGGAAUACAGAGCUGCCAUUCACCUCUGACUCACCGAUUUGAAUUCAGGGAAGUGGCCAAAAUUGACUGUGCACCAAAUACUUGGCCAUUGCUUUUGGCAGCUCAACUAUCAAGCUGCCUAUGAGAAAUGAGUUGUGUUCUUAGUCUAGCUCCUGAUGGGCAAUUAUUGGGCCAUUAAAACAGGCAUUACAUUUAGCACAAGUUGGCCAUUUUGGGGGCAGUCUUGGCUAAGGACCUUGGGGACUGAAGUCCCCUCAUCCUUAGACGAGGUCCAUUCAGAGUAGGAGGCAACGUGGGAAGUUUACACCAUCUAGGUUGCCUUUGAUAAACCAGUUUUAUGGAUAAAUCAGACUUCCAUGAGCUCUAAAAGUUCACUCCAGUGUAAAUCAACUGAUUUCUGUUUGAAGCACAGAACAAAUAUUUUCAAAGCCUCUCCAGCAGUGGGCAGGUGUCACCGCUGCUUCAGCAUCCUAACAAACAAGACAACAGCAGCUGCUACUCAAAUCAUAUUGAAUAGAAGUCAAGUCUGCCGACCAGAAUGUUAUCACCACAUUCAGUAUCUUCUGCGUGGAAAAUAAAAGCCUUGACUUUGUCUUCAGCAUUUCCUGUUCAGCAGGAGAGAGCUGUUUGUUCCCUCUUUUACAGGAGGAGUGGAAAAUGUUUGCAAUUCAGAACAAGUAGGUUUUAAAUUCUGUUAUCCUCAGCUCUAUCAAUGGGUUGCGCUUGGAGUCUCGGUUUGUGCUUGAAACAACUGUUUUGUCCUGCUUUCCAAGUGCUGUCCCUGAUUCCUCAACAAACUAAUGCUUUACGUGCCCAGUGUUUGUAAAGAACACCAUGAAAAACUAUUUUUGGCUAAAUUAUAAUCAAGCCUGCACCAAACAAACAAAUCUAUCUCAGCCGGGGAACAAAUGUCAUGUCGUGUACCCCAUGCCAUAUUCCUAACAUAGAACUUUGUUCCCUUCUCACACUUCCAUUCCAGGAAGAGACAAAUGGCUUUACGUUCACAUUUCUUGUAAUUUCCUUAGGUGUGGAAGACUCAAGCUCUCAAACAUACACACAACCAUGGUCCUAAUUUAGUCUCUUUGAGAGCUGUUAUCAUUUGGACCUCCAUAUUUAGAGAGGGUUUAAAAUGGCUUGUAAGAGUGCCCAGUCCUGUCAGUAUGUUGUAUUCAAAUGGAUUCACCUGUUGGGUUCCCGUGUCACGUGGGAAAAGGAACUGCUGUUCAAGCACACGGUGGGCCACGGGGAGGAGAUGGAAGGAAAAAACAGCAGCAUGGAACAUCGCAAUGGGCUAGUCCAGUAUCAACCACGGCCUUGGCUCAUGUUCCAAGGAGAAUGGGCAUCAGUCUCUCUUUUCCCCCACUGCCAUAGGCGUAUACCUGUUGAGUAAUAAAAACUAACCAGGAUAAGUUAAGGAGAGGAAAGGGUUUUGCUGAAAUGCUGCUCACUAAAUAAAAUUUAUAGCACUAAAGGGCUCUUGGACUUAACAGCAGGAAAUAUCUGCCUGGCAUCCAUACAAGAACAAGGUGUGAGCCGACAGAUUGUUAGAAUCUUGCAGCGUUUCAUCCACCUUAGGUGAGUUUACUUUGGAUUGCAGACUGCACCAGCUGGCGUCCUAGGGGAAGUUUGCUCACUGCAUUACGCAGUAGAUUCCUUUUGGUUCCUAAAGGCUGAUGUGGUUGCCCAAUGUGGGUGGUACAGCCUGCAGUGGAUCCUCAGUUCUGGGAGACCCUGCUUGAUAAGCAUUCUAUUGAUAGAACUGGGUGGAGGACGGUCUAUGGCAUCACAAAAGGAGUGGAAAAGAUCUGGUUGUGUUGGCCUUACACAAAGUUUGGUAUUCCUCCCAAAAUUCAUGGGUCAGGGUAUUUAGAGCCCCAAAUUGAUGGAAGGCUAAGGUGGUGGUUUAUCAUAAUGGUACAGAGCAAAUGAUGUAGGAAGAUGGUGGUAGGAGGGACUUAAAGAC